GAUUUUCAAUGGAGAAUAUAUACCAUGUGGUGUCACAUGUUGAAGAUUAUAAAGAUUUUGUGCCAUGGUGCAGAGACUCGACAGUACACGAACGAAAAGAUGGACAUGUCAAGUGCAAAUUAGUCAUUGGAUUUCCACCACUUGUUGAACGAUAUAUUUCCGUUUUGACACUUGUGCCGCCUAACCUAGUUGUGGUGAGUAUAAAUUGAAUAUUCGUUUAAUUUUCUUUUUUUCAGAGGUAAAAAAUGUUUCAGAAAUAUCGUACAAGGUCGUACGUUCUGCAAUUAAUGCCCGUUUUCCGCUAUGGGCGAACUUGUUCACGCGAAGCGACUUUUUUCUUUGUCUGCAUCGCUUCUGGUGGCGUGAUAAGCGAUGCUGACAAGGGAAAAAGUCGCUUCGCGUGAACAAAUUUGCCUGUUGAAAAACGGGCUUAAAACGUUCUUCUCCACUCAUCGCAAGAGUGAACUCGCAAGCUCAUUGCGAGUAGCCGAGUACUUUCAUUCAAUCACAAUACUCGACAGCUUAUUUUAAUUACUAUAGAUGCAAACACUUGCGAUGAGUGGAAAAGAGCCUUAAGGUGGUCUUCCACCCUGAUUUCAUUUAUGGCUAAAACAGCAGCAAAUCAAUCACCAGUAUACUUUGACUGGAGAGGGCCUGAUAAAGUGAGCACAACAACAUACUUUUUGAGCCAUAUGUUGCCAUGGUAACCAAGAUAAUGACCCCCAACUGUGAUUUUAGUCGCCAUUUUUUAAAAAGGAUACAGAACCAAAGAAGGGCUAAAAAAACAAAUAACUCUUAUUCCUAUAUUCAGAAAAGGCACAUCUAGGGGAUGAACCUAAAAAACCUGGUAGCAUUUGUUUUUUUCACCAAAAAAAUAGGGCAAAUCCAUUUUUACAGCACAGCGAGGUGCUUGAAAUCCUGUUGUUUAACGAUCUAUUCACAAGAUACAUAAUAUUUUAGGUUCAGGAACAAGAAAGGAUAUCUAUAUUACCACAUAGAAAAUUUCAGGUCAUUUCGUUAAAUUGUUUUUGAAUUAUCCUUUUUAAAAGAUUUCCGGAUGACCGAAAAUGCUAUUUUGAGAAAACGACCGUUUAAGAUAGCCUACAACAUACAUUGAAUACAAAUCACUAAAUAUACAAGAUUAAAACAUUACUAAAGUGAGUAUAUCUACUUUCAGUCAAAAUGCACUCACAGGCUAUGUUUCUCCCUCUUCAGCUUUAUCUUUGCCCCCUUUUUUCUUCUCCCCCCCCCCCUCCCUUCGAAGAAUCUUCAUAAAACUCAGAAUACCGUAGCUUGUUCGUUUCUACAGAGCGAUUGGAAAUUCUUGCAGCAUUUAAUUAGACUUGCAUUUUGGCAGAUGAUCUGCCUUUACAGCUGCUGUUUUCAAUGUCUUUGGAUGUGUGACACAUUUUGCUGAGCGUCUCUGUGUCCAAAACUUUCCCGGUAUCCAUGGAAACUGUCGCGAUACAUUUAGGGACUAAAACCCUCUCCUUUGCCACUGCGCAAUCAACAACUUCAUUUGAUGUCUUUUGUUUUAUGUCAUGAAUUUCUUUGGCAGCAUCUUCUAUUGUUUUCUCACACACAGUAUGGCACUUUCAAGUAGAGCUUUGUUGUACAAGGAAUAGGAAGGGGUCUUUGUGGUGGUGGCAUGUUCAGCAGCCGGUACAGCCCACAGAACCGUUUAGCUCCAGCACGUUAGCAACCGAUAAAUCUCAUGGCAUAAACCAUCUGUCUGUUUAUUUCAUAGCAGGUUUAUUCUAUUUCGAAGUAUAGAAUUUAUUUUCCCAUUUACACGAAGAACACCUCAAAUUAUUAAAGAUAGGACCACCACAUUCCAUCCGGUUGUCAUUAUCCUCAAGAAAUUCAAGGCUAAAUUUUUGACAAUUUGAACACAGUAGAAGCUCGAAUAUGUCUUUUAAAAUUUCCAUAUUGACUAAACUAAAACCAGACACACUCUCCUUUAUGGAUUCUUUAUGUUCGGUCGAAAUCCUAGCAGAAAUCUUUCGAGCGGAAGCAGAAGUAUCUCAUCUCACCUUGAUCAGAAAUUCUAAGCUUUUAGCAUAUUCUAAGCAUAUUUUGAAACUGAUUGCCAGACAAUUUACGCUUUUUCGCAUACCCAGAUUAUUUCUUAUUCCCCAUCGUUACAUAAUGAGAAUAACUUUGAUAAAAGAACAACUUUAGUUGCUUUGUAGACCAUGUAUAGUUGUGAAUUUCCAGUCUGCAUUCUAUAUUUUCCCCCCGCCACAUAUUUCCGCCAGCAUUUUCUGCGAAAAAAAAUUUCCCGCCAGAAGCUGAAAAAAACUCGACAUUAUCGGCCUUACACCUUCCGCCAACCGCUAUCUACUGAUGGAAUAACAAUCAGACUAAAAACCUUUGUUUUAAAGAUGAUACGAAUGAGUCAGUCAGAGUCAGGCAUGACAGACAAUCAAUCUUGGCUUGUGAAUUUAUAAACAAGUUAUUCACUGUAUUAUACAUGGAAGUGCAACAAUACUGAAUAUAUAAAUUGCAGUUAUUGCUUUAAUAAAACGUUAACUGCAUAAUAUAUAAAUGUAACGUAAUAUUAUAAAUAAAGGCAAUAUGAAACACAAGCAAUAUUGGAUGAUUAUUGCAAGUAAAAGUAUAUAUAAAUCCCAACGUGAUUGUGAUCUUGGCCGCUCAUUAACACGUGAUCACUGCGUCUGCAUUUUCAUAAUAGAAAUGGUAACCUAGCGUCACUUUUCUCUAUUCUUUUGAUCACUUUACUGGUGUUGCCUCCUGUAGGUGGUCGCUCACAAAGCACAGGAGCUUUGUGUUUUUUUUAGCCCUUUCUUCUUGUCACCAUUGAUGUAGAGAUUUGCAACCUCUUUGAUCAUCCUGUCUUCCUGCAAGACAUUCGGUAGACACCAGUCCAGCUUAAAUUGGUACGGAGUGACAAAGUGUCGUUACUUUGACCUCCGGGUUGCUGUUGGGAUUUCAUUGUUGAGUAAUAAGACUCUACAAUCGAUUCUGGGCCACCCUUAGCCAACGCGAUAUCAAUUACUAGACAGGCCUCCUUUCCAAACAUUGUAUACACAUCUUCAACCGUGUAUGUCAGUAUAUGGAUUUGUACACAGCCUCUUCGUUUAGUGUCACAUCCAUGAACCAGGCAAACUCAUGAACACUGAGUCACUGACCUCAUGCAUUAUUCAAAUUCAAUAUAAUAUAAAUAAUGUACAGUGUUGGUAGUGUUACGUGUCGUGUAUAUAUUUGAUGACAGAUUGACAGUUUGAGCUAAAUAAUAACAUGAAAUGUAAACCGAAGUGAAAGUUGAAUUUUGAAAAUCAAAUGAUUUAAUUUAUAAAUAAUUCAUGAGAAUUCAUGAUGAUGAAUCAGGACUGAUUCAGCAAGUUAGCAAUCAGCACGAGAAAUAAAAAGCAAAGAAAAAGCCUUGUGGUGACUGGUGAAAUUGAAAAUUGUAAAUGAGAUGAGCAUUAAAUCGGUUGACUUACCAUAAAGAUCAGUUUUGCCAGCGCCUAGCGACUCUUAGCACAUGUUUACGGCCUCGGUCUCGGAGCGAACGCUAACAGGGCUCUGGGGGGACUGGGAACGAGAUCUUACGACAAGUAAACCCGGGGGCCGGGAAUCGCGAAUAUAUACGGUUUUAAUUCCAAACAGAUGGUGUUUCUGUUUUUCAUGCUUUGUCGGUUCAAUUACAGAAUAAAGAAGAAAUUUUAUUUGCUUGUUGACAGCAAUUGUUGUACACCAUUUCUUAAUCGGGAAAAUUCCUCUUGUUACGCCAGUUUCCCCGCCAAGCACAGCUUAUAUGCUGUGAUGCCCGCCAAAUGUUCCUUGGCGGGGUCAUUCAGGCCUUGCUGCCCGCCACAGAUCUGUGGCGGAAGGACCCCUGAAUGCAGACUGGGUGAAUUUCAAAUGUGUUGAUAAUUGAUAUAAACUCGUAUAAAGUUUGCUCGCAGAUAACUUGUGGUUUACAUGGCCUAUACUUUAUGUAAAUAGCUUAUAAUUGGACAACAAAUGUACCAACUAACUAGGGGAGGGGUAAGCAAGCCAAUGCGAUGCAAAUAUAACGCUAUAAAGCAAUCCAAACUGAUUUCAUUCAGGACAACGACGCGUUGCUAAGGCGUUGCCAAGGAGAAAAAUCUUACAUAUCCUCACGAAAUCGCUAAAAUGUUGUACUUCUACUUAAAGUUAGGGGGUGAACAAUACAUCAAACGAAAGCUCAUGAAUUGGGGAAUUCAAAAAUGCAUGUUCCAAAAAUUUCCUAAUUUCGACAUUUUUUCCAAAUAUCAGGGUGUUAAGUAAAAUGAGAUCCAAUUUUGGCAUUAACGUUAAUGAAUUACUCUGGUUUGAAUCAUGCCUAACCAGGGACGAAUCCCCUUUUAACUGGGGGGGGGGGGUCUCCUAGAAUUGCCCUGCGAAAGCCGUUGAUGCCCUGCAGAAAAAAAUUUUCGUCGACCUCCCCUCGUCGACCCCCCCGUCACCAAACCUAACAUAACCUAACGGAUAGGUAACAACAAUGUGUAGCUAAUUAACCUGCGAUCAGGCCUAUAAAUAAAUUAAUAGGCCUGAUACAAAUCUUAACAAAAGUCCAUGUUUUUCUAACCGUAUUUCGGUUGUAAAUUUGAUUGGUUUAUGAGACAAAAGGUUUUUUAAUCUGUCAUUUGAUUGGUUGGUGCUAAUUACAUUAUAUAUUGUCGUUGAUAUAUUUAUAGUGAUCACAACUAUAAUUAGAUUGUUGUUGUCGUUGUGUGAAAUUUAAAUUUCUCCUGCGACAUUUUGAUUGGAUACUAAAUAUAAACUUUGCUGUGGGUGGAAUGCGAUCGGAUUAAGGAUUGUGUCAGGCUAUUAUUUGUAAAAUAGAGCCUGAUCGCAGGUUAGUAGCUAAUGGGAUACCACACUCCGUUGGAAAAUUAAAAUGUGGGGUCCCCCAGGGGUCGAUCCUGGGGCCGUUGUUAUUUUUGCUUUACAUCAAUGGCCUACCACAAUGUCUCCAAAAACCACGCCGGGUCUGUAUGCUCAUGUAGAGCGUAAUAAAACACGGGCGGUGAAACGCGCUAAUAUUUGCCAAAAUGCACGGAAAAGCGGGAUUUUUAAAGAUGAAGCGAAGCAAAAACAAGAAACCGCAAAAAUAUUUAAAGGGCAAUCAGAAAGCAGGGACGCCGGAACGAUGUGAAUUAAGGCAAGGGGGGCAGAUUUUCGUGAAAGGGCUCUUUUGAAUUGAUAUAUACUAAGAAAUGUUUGCAAAACAUCGGGAGUUGAACUUCGCCUAAUCAUGUUUUCUAUUUAUUGGAUGAUAGGGUUGUGAGGGGGUUCUCCGCCAGGCGAUUGUGCUAUUCUUGAAGCUCGAUGACUGCAUUUCUUGCGUUUUCUGAAGCAAAUUCGUAAAAUAAUUGCACUAACAUUUCUGACAAUUCGCUAUUUCGCCAAGGUAAUCCUUUAAAUUGAGGGCAACGGGGGCGGCUGCCCCUCCUGUCCCCCCAGUUCCGGCGUCCCUAUCAAAAAGUACAAUUUCUAGUAUAAAAUAGAGACUCUUGCAAUUAAUUAGUAUUGCACAUUACAUCGCUGGAGUUGGAAAAGCAUUUUUAAACUGUAAAAUUAUUUGAAUGCGUAGCGAUUUUAUCAUAUAAAAUAUAUUUACAUUUUGCAGGCAAUGACAAAUUGUAGUCGAGUUUUUUAGCCACACCGAGUGGAAAAACCUGAGUUGGAAGGCAUAUUCAAAUGGAAGAUAAAAGUUAGGGAAAAUAUCAAUUAUAAGGAACAAGCAGAAAAUUCCGUUUUUAUUAUGUUUGAAGGUUGUUUUAUCUCAAUAACGUUUACAGCGUCAGCGCGAUGUCGCAGUUUUACAAGCACGGAAAAUUUUAACGGUAAAUGUUUCAUGCACAAUAUAUGAAAACUAGUUUCAUUUUGAUGUUUUUGUAUUAAUUCAAGACAUUCAAGUACCUAAUUUUCAGCAAAUCCACCAAAUGAUAAUGGGCUUUUUUAAUUUUUAAACAUUUUUUCCCUUUAUUUUUGACAUGUAGAUGUCGAAAUCUACACAUGGAAUACAAGCAAACAAUGACUGAAGAAGAGAAUUUAUUAAAUCUUCAGUUUAACUCUGAAGAACAAACUUUAUUAGAUCUACAAUGUAUCAAGUAUAUGUUAUAUAAAUUCUUGAUUGAGUCGGUUUUCUUUCGUGUACCGCGAGCAGAAAAUUUUUUGGGGGAUCACUUUCUUUGGGAGCUUGGUAACCGCGCCUGUUAUGAUGCAAUAUAGGAAGCCUGUACAGCAGGAAAUAGAUUGCGGUCGAACUCUUUGACGCGACUUAUAUAUUUUAUACUUAGUCAGAUAACCGCUGCGGUUUUGACGCAUUAUUCAUCGCGUCUUUCCGAAAGCUUUGUACCCAUAAAUAAAAUGUAAUAAAAAGAGAACACGUUACAAUUUUUUUAUAAAAUAGAUCAAAAUAUAUCAUAAAUAUCGAGAUAUUGAAUUUUGUUUUGAAUAUAUGCUGGUAUAAAGGUCAUAAGUUCUUGCGUAUUCGAAAUAUAGACAUAUUAUUUGCAGUUCAUUUAACUGAUAGAAACGUUCACAUUCAAAUUACUCAAUUAGGUAAAAUUAACUAUGAAUUUAUUUUAAAAGAUUCCCUGUUUGUAUUAUAUUGUGCACUACUAAUACCGUGAGAGUAUAUGUCACAGAUAGUGUCGGUUGAAAACGUGAUGUUUAUACUAGCGGACAAAUAUGCAAACCACACACUCGUUAAUGCAAAAUGUAAACAAGACACGUUUAUAGACUUUGGAUUAUAAACUAUGUAAACUUUGCAAUAUAAACUGUGUAAGCUGAGGGGGAGGCAGAAAUUCACAAAUUUCACUUGUAGUAACUUCUAAUAUAUAUUUUACAUUCGUACUUCAGCAUUCAGUUUACUUCAGGCUAUUAUUGGCACACACGUUUACAUCAAGUGUCCCAACAAAUCCAAAUAUGUACCCUGAAUAAAAGUCGCGGUUACCAAGCCUCCCACGGAAAGUGAUCCUCUCAAAAAUUUCUGCGUUACCGCAUGUAGCGCGAGGUGAUAUACAGUUAGUAUUAUUUUUAAUAAUCACCUUGAAUAUAUUAAUUAGCUGAAAAGGUGAAGCCGUGAAGGAAAACUCAGAAAAUCGUCGUUCAAAGCGGACGACGAAACAGACAAAACUUUGUUGGAAAACCUCCUCAAUCAAGAAUUAAAUAUGAUAAACACCUCGAAAAUCGGAAUUUGUGUCAGAUAAUGCCCUCGGAUGUUGCGCAUCCGAUCCUCGGGUCAUUAUCUGUGUUUAUCCUAUAUUCAUAUGUUAACUAAAAAUGUACAAUAACGUCCAGUGUUGUCCAGAAGAUUAUAGUGUAAAACAUGAGGUUACAUACUUUAGUCAGGCGCAGCACUCCAACGCCAUUAGUAGUUCCGUUCUGAAUGCGGUUCUCAAAUUCAUCCAAUCUGUUUGCAAGAGCCAAAACGUCUGACUUGAUCUCUGAUGUCUUCUUGUCAAGGGCUCGUUCCCAUUCUCGACGAUUAUCUUUUAGGUUCUCCUCCAGAUGAGUUAUAUUCUGAUUCACCUGAGUUGUAAGAUUUUUCACUUCUUCUCUCAAAUUCAAAUAAUCUUCAGCGGUAUCAUUAAGAUGAGACAAUGCUUCCAAUUUCUUCUCAAUGACUCUCUGAGUUUCCUUGACAUUAUUCAACUCGUUCAAAGCUCGUUGAACUGUAGCACUGGUCGUGUAAUUUAUCGUCUUGUUCAGCGCUCUGGUUUCGCUGAGAAGUUCCAUGUAGUCGUGUUUAAGUUGCGUUGCUUCGUGGCUGAGUAUUGAAAUAGUACGGUUGGUAUCCUCACGUUCGAUUUUAGCUUUGUCGGUUAAAUUAGCGACUUGUUUCUUGAUCAUUGCUUUAAGACUUUCUAUCGCAGACUCUCCGCCGUCGUUCAGCUUGUCUUUUGUAUACCGCUUAUAUGUACAGACACUCAACAAAAUAGCAGCAAUAGCUAUGAGUAUUGCAAUGACAGACAGUGCAAUCCAACAUUUAUCUUUACCAUCAGCCAUUAGCGACUUGUAUACAACUGCAGUAUAGUUCUUAAAUUUUAACCGCACAGGCUUAUAUGCCAAAACUAGUGAACUGAUCGAAACCGAAAGAGAAAAUUAAUGAUUUGAUUAUUAAGUGAAAUACGAUCAGAAUGUUAUGAUAUGAACUUUUCCUGGAAUCGCUGACAUUUAAUAUCCCAGAUAUAUUAUUACUCAAAUCAAUUAAAUUAUUUGUGCAUAUAUAUUGAUUAUUGUAUUUUGUAGUUAUUGUAAUAACAAUUAACUACUUCCUAACUUAAUCCUCGUGAGGAUUAAGUUAGCAGUUGUUAUUACAAUAUUAAUUAUAACUGCAAUGCAUGAUAGCGCAAAUUGCAAACAAUAGCAUGAACUUUGGAUACUCGUGAUUUUAUCGAUCAAACGUCACUGAUAUCAGUACAUAUACUCGGAAUCAGCUAGAACUGACUUCAAACGUCAGUCGACGUCAUUUUUGAUUGAGACUGUAAUGAGACAUGCAGUAAUAGACAAAAAGAUUCAUACAUGCACUUGAAAAAUGUGGAUCCAAUAAAUAUUGAUAUAUCUUAUAUAUAAUUAGGAACACAAUUUGACUGUAGUAAUUCUGGAAAUUCACACUCUUUUAUAAAUUGUUAAUUUAACUUGAAAAACCGGUGAAGUCUGCAUUUUGGAAAGACAGUUGAUAAUAAAAAUGAUAAUAAAAAAUCAUUUUGAGGGCAUAUUUUUGUGAUUAUAAUUACAGUCUGAAAGACCUCACUACAAUAUUUUAAUCAAAUUAAAUGGCCCUCUUAAAUGUUGCUGAUUUUCAAAACCCUUUUAUAAUUAACCAUGUAGCGUAAGAUGGAUCGGUGCCAGCAACAGCAACUCCUUUAGCAAACAACUGAAGCGUUAUAUAACAGUAACAAGACGCCUGCUCAGGCGUUUACACUGGCCUGAAAAUAACGAGAUACGUGCUAUGGUGCAGGAAUACAAAUCUUAAACCGCAAGCAAAUUUUAUGGACUUUUUAAAAAAUAAAAGACCUUUUCGGGAGACGUAAUGGAGAUCGAUGCACGUGCAAAUCAUGCCGACCUGCAGAAUCGAUUUCCGGUUUUUCCUAACAGCGCGUUGUUUUCAUGUGCGUUCCAUGGGCCGCGCUAAAAAUAUAAAUAUUCUGUAAAUACCGAAAUAAAAGAUGAAAAUCUCAAGACACAAGCUUGAAAAUAACACUAUAAAUAGUGUUUUCGAUUCUGGUUCCAAUAACAUUAUCACGAAAAAGAUAUGUCCAAAGGGGCCGAAGUUAUGUUCGGCAAAAUGUAUGGCUAGUUUACAUUAUGAAAUAUGAUACCAUACUUGUAUUAAAAUUCGCGUCGAACUAAUGUUAUUGUAAUUGAGUAGACUUGCCACAAGUCGACCUCGAACGAAAUUCGAGGUCGACUUGUGGCAAGUCUAGCAAAUGAUUGAGAACCAUACAAAUGAUACAAUAAUGGUUCUAGUUCUUGUUGGUAUUUUGAACGCACGCUUUAUCUUUAGUAUAGCUACCACAAAGCUUUUCGCGCGGAUUAUAUUUCGUGGAGUACUAAAUAUUAUAUUUUGUGGUUUUGGCGAGUCAUUACACAAAGAAAAACACGUUAAUUCAACACGCAAGAAAGUCCAGAGUACGACACAACGUAAAUACAUAGGAAACCGGCACAAUUCUUUGAAAAUUCAACGAAACUGUGUAAAAUAUAGUUUGAUCACUCUGUGAAAAGCCGCCGUUGCAGUUCGGAAUUGUGCGCGUGCGUACAAGUGUAUAGGCUAAUAAACGAAAAAUGUACCACAAGCAUGGCAUGAGUCGGCUAUUACGUACAUAUAUACGAGUUUAUUACUAUACUAUCUAAAUCAUGGAACCGAGGGAAUCGAUGGCAUUUUGGCUUAAUCGUUGCACCCUGAGCCUGCGAUGAGCUAACGCAAACUCGAUUUCUCGACUACGAAAAAAAAACAGAAAAAGAGGGAUUUAAGACACUUGGCCUUACAGGCCAGUGCCAGUGUAAUUAUCAAACAUUUGACAACGGAUAUACUUAUGAUGCCCGUGAUUGUAAUUUAAAUAGCAACGGACUUUGAGUUGGUGGAUCCGUUUUAGGAACUUAUGAACAGCGUUUACAUGAAGGUCACUAGAAAAUUACAAAAAAAUAAUAGGACAAUAGAAUUAAGAUGUAAAUGAGUGUCAAAAUAUUUCAACAUGUAUUUCAAAACUUUGCAUACAAGCUGUGACAGUCUACAUACACAAAAGACAAUUAACACACAUGCAUGCAGGCUAUCAUAUUUCAUACACUAGACCUUGCAUGCAUGACUUGAUCAGGACAGCUUCGACCAAAAAUUCGACAAAAUAUUCAUAAUACAUAUAUGAUAUGCAAUUCUUUAAUAAUUAUAAGACUCGUCGGAUUUGGCUGGAAAUUUCUGAAAAUCAGAUUUCGAUUAUUUCAUUUUGAAAUGGUGGGUCUCAGAUUUGAGUUCCACUACCACUACCUCUCAAAGGAUAAUAAUAAGGAUUUCUUACCUAAAUUAGAUUUUUAUCGUUACUAGUAAAAGUUGUAAAAUAUGAAUAUAUGAUAGACUCUUAAUAUUUGCAUAAGUGGCAGAAUAAUGGUUAGUUGAGUGUGGGGACAAGCGCGGGUGUUACUGUUCCAUAGGCAUGUUUCGGCUCCUUGAUGAUUUGUAUUUCAUGCAGCGAAGAAUAUUAAGCCGUUCUUCCACUGUAAUCUCUUACAGGAGGGAGUGGGCUUUGAUCGGGGGCUACUCUACCCUUUGUUCCGUUUCCCCAACACGUGCGUAAACUUUGUGAAGAAAAUUGAGAGCUCUUCUGGGUCCUCCCCGGCGUGAAAAUUUUUAUCACUCUUCAGUUUGAUAAGUACUUAAGGUGGCUCCCUAUAGUUAGUACAGUUUAAAUACGAUUUAUAUAGAUCAGACUUCAUCCUCGCGACCUGCGCGUGGAAUCGUCGUGUUUACUGUUCGGCAAAAAUAUUGAAACAAGCCGCGGAAAGUUUUUUGGCGUUUUUAUCUACAAAGAAAGCUCCAGUUUUUCAUUAUAAUCCUAAUUUUUUUGUGAAUUCGAACAGUACGUAUGUUAUUAACUAGUUUAGCCAAUCUUUUAGUGUGUUUUUACGUAUUUACGUUCAGUAUUGUCUUUCAUGUUGCUCAAAAUUUUCAACUUGUUGUGUUGCGAACUGUCAAACUGAAAUGAUACUGUACAGCUUCUAUAACUCUUGAACAGUAGUGAACUGUCGCCGAAACUUAUGUAAGUUCUGUCAAUCAAUUUAAUUCACAGGUAUCGUUUUAUCUGCUAAAUCAAAUAAAACAGUUAUGAGUUGUUUUAUAUGAAAAGUUAAACUUGUAGUUCGAUGUUUUGAAAAGUUUUCACACCGAUUUUAACAACAAAAACAAAUAUAAACUAACACUGGAUUUAAUACAAUGCGUAUAAUAGUGUUUUUUAUUAGUAUUUUCAAGAUUAAUAUUUUAUUUUUUUUAAGUCAGAAAUAUCUGUUUUCGUAUGUAUUGUAAUCCAAAAAGUUGAAAUCACUAUAAAUCACACGCUACAAUUUACACGCAUGCGCAGAUCGUGCUCAUGUCGAGUCGAUUUUUUUUCAUGCUGGCCACGCCGAUUUUAGCGAUGAUUUUCUCGUGUUUUCUUCGGUAAAAUUUUUUUAAACUUCGUAUUUUUGUUAUACAAGACGAGUAGUACAACAUAUCCAAAUUUUAAGAAAUUCUACAAAUAACUUUUUCUGUAACCGUCAUUCACGAAUAUCUCGAAAACUUAUUUGUAAAUUCCCUUCAAAUUUUGAUAUGUUUUUCCUUUAUGGCCAAUAAAUCUUAAAAAAAAAAUUCAGAAAACUUCACCGAAGGAAAAUAUAGAUAUUGUCAAUUUAUUGUGAAAUUAGACAAUAAAAGUGCAAAAGAUUAAACAUCAUGGUUGCCAUGGCAACACGAACAUUGUUCUAAUUUGUUCAUAAAUGGACAGCACACAGCUUCUGAACUUUCCUGGAAAUGAUCAUAUUGCCUUGUCUUAAGUGUAUCUAAUAUAAAUUCGGUUCAAAGCGAACGUUACUCAAAAUACCUAGAAUUUUAGAGAACUGUAGGGAGCCACCUAGGACGGUAUUUCUGGCAUUUUCUAAAGCAUCUACAAGGAAAACGACAAUUAAGCAUAUGAUAUGUUAAGGUUAUAUAAUUCCAAGCGGAAGGCAUAUAUGCAACCGUGGUUAGCGUUAUUUUUAACGGUCAAAUAUUGAACAGUUUGUAUCAUUUAUACAUCAUAAUCGAACUCGUACUCAGAGUCCAGUCUCUAAUGUUAAAAUCUUCCUACUGCAGAACAUCCACUUUCCAAGGUACGUUCUUUAACCGAAUAGUUAAAACUUGGAAUAAUGUUGGAAAAAUAGCAUCUCCUGAAAAGUUCGCCAGCUUAACUAUUUUUAAAAGCUUUCUGCAUGCAAAUGACACUAUAUAUACACCGACUAGUACUUUUAAUGUUGAUAUGGCAUGCACCUGGUCGCUCACAAGAGACUGCGCUGCCGCCGUUCUUAAUCUGCAUGUUAUGUAAUAUAUAUUUGUAUAGUAAAUUAGGUUUGGGUUUUUUUUAAACUAUUACUAGUUUAAUAUUAGUUUAGGGGUUGCGCCUAGCAUGGGUCCCAUUGUCCGGUUUGCGCUAUUCCCUUUGGACUUAAAACUUGUAAAUAUUUCUACUAUAUUGUGUCCAAUUAAGCUGAUAAAUAAAUAAAUAAUAAAUAUCAAUGGAAUUAAUAAAACGAUUGGAUAGUAAUUUCAUCCAAUUGAAAAUUUGAAACUUCAGGCAAUAAAGCUAUAUCUUUUUCUAGAACAUCAAAAUGUUUAUCAAAGUCAAAAUUAGAAAAGUCAACAUUAAUUUGUAUGAGCUGUAUAUCUAAAGGAAUUAUUAUUAAUAAUUCUUGCAAAAUAUUAAUAUUAUAAUAAUCUCGUUUUUGAUGAUCCUCAAUUAAUUAGUAUACACGCUUCCAAUUUGCAGUUAAAAUGUAAUUUAUUCGGUAGAUUUUCUAAAAAUAAAACAAAUAAUUCUGUUUUGUGCACGUACUGAUUUCAGUAACGACGUGUAUAUAGUAUGGAACGGAAGAUUAAAGGGGCAGUAUCAUCCCAAAUCAUGUUCGAUUUUAAAUGUGUAACAGACAGUAAUAACAUUUACUUACCCGAAUAUGAAAAUAAAACCAAUCAGUUUGACUUUUAAUUCUCUUAAGAACUGUCCAAAAACAAAAUAUUUUACGAAAAAUUCGUCCGCCAUUAAGUUAUUGGAGCCUGCAAAAUCCGACCUGCGGUUAAGCGCUGUGACGUCAUCUACUCAACACGCUUCUUUCCCGAAGGAGAAAUUAAUAUUAUCAAAGGCUUAUACUAGGCUGUUUUUUGUUCAAAAUUAUGUCUUCUGACGAAAGCUACAGCUCCAAUUUUGCAACACAAUCAUCUUGCGAACUCUCUUUUGCCGAAGACGUUUCUUAUGAUAGCGGAGGUGAUAUAAAUAUGGAGAAAAGUGUGGAUUUGUGCGAGGCCUAUGAUACUUCAGUCAAACCUCUUGCCACUGGAGAAACAUAACACAUGAAGAAUACUAUAAUUGAGAGAGAGCAAAAGCAGCAAACACUGUCUGCUAGAUUGUCUGGUGAAACCUCAACUGACACCUGGUACGUUUUGGAUUGUAUUUAUUCACGUUUUGGUUAUAUUUGUGACAUAAAACAAACAUGUGAUGGCCAUGUAAAACAAAACAAAUGGUUGCUGAUCUCCUUAUAAAAUGUUAUUGUCACUUCCGUUAUUGCACGAAACGUCUUCAAUGAGAGAUGGCUUAAAGAUGACUGUGUUGCCAAAUUGGAAAUCCUACUCACGUAAGAAAACAUUAAUUUACACAAAGUUGUGGGAAAUAUACUUCAAUUGUAUACUUCAAUAUAUAUUAAUGGUCCAUAGGUGUAAAUGUGGCAACUGUGUCCUGGCCUUUGUGGUAAAACCCAAUGAAUGUUGUUGUUUAUGUGAACCUUGUAAGGAAAAAAUGCUGGAAGAAAACAUGCAUGACCACUGCUUAACUGAGCAUCCAGCAUUUGAUAUUGGGUGUUUGAACCAUUGGGUGUUAAAACUUGCUGGUUUAAGUUACAAAACCCAAAUAAAAGGCUGCCAAAAUUAUACCACUCGGUAUACCGAAGGGAAAAAGAGUGAACCAGAGUAAGUAUUUCAAUGUGUAUUUCAAUGUGUAUUUCUAGGCAAUACCCCCCCCCCAAUGGAAGAGAUUUACUUUAUGAACCCCCAUCCCUCUGGAUUUUUCUAACUGUCCCUGAGAACUAAUGUUUCCCCCAUCCCUAUGGAAAUUCUGGACAGUUUUUUACUACUAACAUACUUUCAAGCAUGAUGUCAGUGUUUUAAAAAAAUAACUCGGCAAGAUACAACAUUGUUCACAUAAACGAGACAGAAACCGUAUUUUGGUGUAUGCACAGCAAGGAAGGGGGUACCUUGUUGAACUGCUGGUACCGUAUAGCCCCAGACAAGCUUCUCUACUUGCUGAUAUGAAACUGCCCUAAGAAACCAUUCGAAAAGAAAAUUUUUAUAUUAACAUGACAGCUUUAAAAUUUAGUACCGUAAUCCAAAAAUGAUACUGUUUGUCAUUUGUGAGCUGUGUUCUGCACAGAAACACCAGGAUUCAUGAUGCAAGAUCCUUGUUUAGCUUACUUAUAACUGUGUUAUCACUUAGCUAUAGACCUUUCAUGUUUUCCUGUUCACAUGAUGGGAUGUUUCACUACCUUGCUCAUCUUUACAGGGAUUCAAACAUUACUAAAUUCAGAAUAUGGUACUCAGAUCAUGACAUUGUAACAGUUUGGCUGCCCCUGGCUGAUGAUAAUUUCUUACCACUCAUCAAUCACCAGAGUAGGGAGAGCUCUUUUUCUCACCCACCUACCUGGUAAUAAUUAAAGUGUGCAUGACAUGAAUUUUUUGCCUUAAUUUUACUGCUCUACUAGAAAGUACCUUUCAAGUGAUGAAAAAUGGUAGUUACAGUUUUCAGUGUGAACGUCACAGUAUUGUGAUGACUGGGGGGAAAUUCAAACGAAUCAGUCAGUCAGUCAUACAGUAAACUUUCCGGGGGGGUGUAUAGGAUUUAUGUUCGUAGUGAUUUAUUGUACGUAGUGUUUUGAAGGUUAUUUAGGCAAUUUCAGUUGUCUUAUUUCAAUCAAUUUGACAGCUGCCAAAGCAAAUGUAGUUUUAGAAUAUAUGCCAAAUUUGGUUGUUGGUGAAACAAUUUAAAUUUCGAGUUGUCGCGUGUAGCAUCCAGAGACGGAUUUUCAUAUUUUCGUUCAGGGGGGUGGAUAAAUAUCUGGGGAGGGGGGGGUGCUGCUGCUUGCUUUGGCCGGGGCGUGGUGGCAAUGCCCGGAAAGGCCAAGGAAAAAAGUUUAGCAAAAUUUGUUUUCUAGGCCUGCAUGGCGAGAUCUGAGACCAUAAUAUUGGUAAUUUUAAAAAUUUAGUAGUAAGAAUAAUUAAAUAUGAAAAGUUCUAUCAAAUCAAAAUAUAUGUAAUUUGCAGGGGUGCCAAAUGCCUUUGGGGGGGGGGUGCCCCCUCCCCCCCCAGAAAAUCCGUGCCUGGUAGCAUCACAAUAAAUAAAUAAAUUAUAUCAGUUCCACGACGCACAACAUUUUUGAUGUGUUAGCCAGUUGUUUCAAAAGUCUCGCUAUUCAUGUGCCGAACGCAUUAAAAACAAUACUGUCAAUAGAUGAGAUGAAAUGCCUUUGGUAACUGUUUAUUUUGUAGUGUAAGGCAUCAGCUUUUCUAGGUUGUCGGCGACCCUAUAUAGUUUUUGCAGUGUCUUUUUCAAUUUGAAACUUCACACUAUCCUUGGAUCUCUAGUUUCAUAUCUCAUCUCAAUCCAGAUUUAUUACAGUUUUUGUAAUUUGAGCUAUGACAUCAUAAGCUGUGCUAAAAGUUGCAGGAAAAACUUAAAGUGGAAUAUCUCCAAGAGGAUUUGAGCAAAUGAAAUGAAACUUUGCACAGUUGUUUACACACUUUGCACAGUUGAUAGUAGUAAAAAAACUGUCCAGAAUUUCCAUAGGAAUGGGGGAAACAAGUUGUCAGGGACAGUUAGAAAAAUCCAGAGGGAUGGGGGUUCAUAAAGUAAAUCUCUUCCAUUAGGGGGGGGGGGGUAUUGCCUAGAAAUACACAUUGAAAUACUUACUCUGGUUCACUCUUUUUCCCUUUGGUAUACCGAGUGGGCAGCCUUUUAUUUGGGUUUUGCAACUUAAACCAGCAAGUUUUAACACCCAAUGGUUCAAACACCCAAUAUCAAAUGCUGGAUGCUCAGUUAAGCAGCGGUCAUGCAUGUUUUCUUCCAGCAUUUUUUCCUUACAAGGUUCACAUAAACAACAACAUUCAUUGGGUUUUACCACAAAGACCAGGACACAGUUGCCACAUUUACACCUAUGGACCAUUAAUAUAUAUUGAAGUAUACAAUUGAAGUAUACAAUUGAAGUAUAUUUCCCACAACUUUGUGUAAAUUAAUGUUUUCUUACGUGAGUAGGAUUUCCAAUUUGGCAACACAGUCAUCUUUAAGCCAUCUCUCAUUGAAGACGUUUCGUGCAAUAACGGAAGUGACAAUAACAUUUUAUAAGGAGAUCAGUAACCAUUUGUUUUGUUUUUACAUGGCCAUCAAAUGUUUGUUUUAUGUCACAAAUAUAACCAAAACGUGAAUAAAUACAAUCCAAAACGUACCAGGUGUCAGUUGAGGUUUCACCAGACAAUCUAGCAGACAGUGUUUGCUGCUUUUGCUCUCUCUCAGUUAUAGUACUCUUCAUGUAUUGUUUCUCCAGUGGCAAGAGGUUCGACUGAAGUAUCAUAGGCCUCGCACAAAUCCACACUUUUCUCCAUAUUUAUAUCACCCCCGCUAUCAUAAGAAACGUUUUCGGCAAAAGAGAGUUCGCAAGAUGAUUGUGUUGCAAAAUUGGAGCUGUAGCUUUCGUCAGAAGACAUAAUUUUGAACAAAAAACAGCCUAGUAUAAGCCUUUGAUAAUAUUAAUUUCUCCUUCGGGAAAGAAGCGUGUUGAGUAAAUGACGUCACAUCCGCCUAAGAAAUCGACAUCUAACUCGGUAAUGGCGGCCGAAAAUUUUGCAUGUUUGCGUUGAAAAAAAAGGUAGAAAGAAAUGGAAUUGGACGCUGAUAUUUGGUAACUUUUUUUAUCUACUGAUAUACUUUCUGAAUAUACAAUAAAAAAGACAUCACAAUUUUCCAUCGUACUGCCCCUUUAAACAACCUGGAAAACAUCAUCUAGAUUGGCACUGACUCGUCUAUGAGUACAUAAAUAAUCAACGACUUUUCAUACUUAUGCAAAUUCAUACCAAAGAAUUCAAACCAUGCCUUCAUAUCAUGUUUCACUAGCCUGGUUUCCAUAUGGUCGUAACUGUCGUAAAGAUUGAGUCACGAUCUUUCGCAUCAGCCAAAAUAUUUAGAACUGAAAAUACGCGGAGUGAUUAUAACUAGAGAAUACUUAUGAUUUAUAUGUGGUUUACAGGUAUAAAUUAUUAUAAACUGCCCGUUGAAAAAGAUCGUGACUCUAUUUUUACGACCAUUAAGACCAUAUAUGGAAACCAGGUUUAAACAGGUUUUCAGCUGUGCAUAUUUUAAUUCAGUAAUUUCUAUUUUGAGUAUUGACCGAAUGCCUUUCUCCACUACGGACAGCUCAACAUUGAAAGACAUGAAAACCAACCAAUAGAUAUAUACCGUAUGUAGACAGAUACUGACAUGCAUGCAUGCAUGCAGAAAAUUGUUUCAUCCGAAACAUUGCUCUUCUUCACGUUCGCACUUUUCAGUACUCGUCCAGUUUUUGUUCUGCGGAUCUCAGAUAAAUUAUCUUAGGACAAAAAAAAAUACGCCAAAUCAAGGCUCACGGCUAGACAUUUAAAUCACGUUUUACGAAAAAAAUACGUUAUUUCGCAUUUCACGAAAACAAAUAUUGAUUUAUACCACCCUCAGUGUAAAUAUCUUAAAAUUUACAAAAUCCGUUUUGGCAGCUAUAAGGAUUAAUUUACUACAAGGUGACGUCUAGUCCAGCUUUUCACCUGCAUGGAUAGACCUGAUCACGUACGUAACAUCACUAACACGUUUAUAUAUAGCCCUUCAUUUGAAUUUUAAGCUUAUCGAGAGCCUUUGUGAUGAAUCACUGACCUAAUUAUAGAAUCCAACGGCAAACAGCCAAUCAGAAUGCCGCGUUCGUGGGCGAACGCGGAAAGUACAAAAACCGGGUCUUGCUUGCAGGCCCAUUAUCAGUUCCCUUGGGCCUGCACGCGGGCUAGGAUGUUUGAAAUAUUCCGAAUAGAUUUCAUAUUAAGGUGGCUCCCUACAGUUAUUCUUGUUCAAGCAAUAAUUCCGUAAAACAGGCUUAUUCGUGCAGAACGCGAAUUCUUUUCGUGUUGGUGGCAAUAUUGGUCACCUAAGGAAUAUUUCGAACUAGAUUUCGACAACGUCAAUGUUGCCAUGGCAACAUGACGACAGCAUAAAGCCUUCCAAUUUAACCCAUAAAUGUGCUGCUAUCUCAAAAACGAUGUCGGUGACCUACCUUUUUUAUUUCAUAUAUCAAUAGGGAAUGAUGCUCUGCAACAGUGAUGAAAGUUUAAAAAAAUUCUGUAGUGUGUGAUUUUUUUAAAAGCGAAAAUUUUAUUGCGAAAUUUCCACACUAAAGAUUUUUCUUAAAAUUGAAAUUUAUAAAAUUUACCGCAAAAUAAAUUCGUGGUCAAAAUUUGAAGAUAGGUCACCGAUAAAACUAAUGAGUAAAAUGCAAAUAAAGUUAGAAAAUAGCCUCGUGUAACUCGAGAAAUUCCUCUUAUUGAAAAGCGUCGCUGACUAGUAAAAGAUUGUACGCGGGCGCAGAACGAGCUUUCAUUCAGCAAAGUCGGGAGGCAAUGUUGUUUUUACUGUUUUGUUUUUGUCAACUUCGAUUUAUUUGAGCGCCAUGGACAGCCAAGGAUCAUUGUGAAGGAUCAAAUCGAUGAAAACAACAAAACCUCUUUAAGGUUGAAGCUAAUGGACCUUUCCCCUUAUAACUAAAAUUUCGAUCUGCACAAAAGUUUCAUCACAGCUUGAAAGAGCAUCACAAAAUUAGUAAUAUUCCAAAGUUUUGUUGCAAAAUCUUGUAAAAUGCGGAUAAUAUAGCCUUGCGAAGUUUGCCGUUUUUCAGUCAUUUUGUAUUACAAACGGGAAAUUGACAUCCGAUUCGGGUGUUGGGGCUGCAAUUUCCGUUUGUAAUGCAAAAUGACUGAAAAUUGCAAACUUCGCAAGGCUCUAUUUUCCUCAUUUUACAACAUUUCGCAACGAAACGUUGGAAUAUUACUAAUUUUGUGAUGCUCUUUCAAGCUGUGAUGAAAUAUUUGUCUAGACUUGCCUAGAUCAAAAUUUUGGUUAUAAGGGGAAAGGUCUAUUGAACCCUGCCGUUUACUCAAUCUAUGAGCUGUAACAGCCUAUUAACAGGUGGACCUGUUUUUUUUUUGUUUCAUGUUUGGUUUUGUACUUUUUGCUAAAAAUGAACUAUUAGGCUAUGAAACUGAAAUAUUUUUGUGUUUACAUAUAAUCACUUUAAUCUUGUAGAAACACGACAAAAAACGUGAACGUUUUCUUGAGAAGUAAACAACUUUUUAAACGUUUGUAUGCAAUUUUGCAAAUGUUUUACAGUUGACAGUGUAUAUUUAAAAAAAAUUAAAAAACAUUGUUUCGUAGCUAUUUUUGGUCUAGUGAUAUUCGUAUCAUAUGUAGAAUUGCUGUAUAGACUCGCAAGUGAUUUGGCACUCAAAACGAAGUAUUAUUCAACGCUUUUUUCCAUUAGAAACCUUUCAGAAAUAGCUUCUUUUUUUUAAAAAACCGUGGUCAAUAUUUGUUUUGUUUUGAUCAUGCAGUUGCGUGGGAUAGUUCACGUACUGGUCCCGCGAACAUCCCGCACACAACUGUAGGGAGCCUCCUUAAAGGCAAUUUUCCAUUGCAGUCGCUUUGCCCGCGCGGGCGGAGCGGGCUUUGAAAAUCUGCUCACGCGGGCGUGACGGGCUUCAAAAACAAUGAACGCUCCGCCCGCGCGGGCAAAGCGACUGCAAUGGAAAAUGGCCUUAAGGCUGGUUUCCAUUACAGUCGCUUUGCCCGCGCGGGUGGAGCGGGCUUUGAAAAUCUGCUCACGCGGGCUUUGAAAAUCUGCUCACGCGGGCGUGACGGGCGUCAAGAACACUGAACGCUUCGCCCGCGCCGGCAAAGCGAACGUUAAUGGCAAACGGCCUUUCAGUUGGCGAUGUUGACCGAUCUUAGCUAGUUUUAUGUGAGGAAUAAAGGUGUUUAUAGUGAGCAUUUAACUAGUUUUCGAAGCGUUAAUAGAUGAGCCUUACUGCUAGUAGGGAUUUCACGAGGAUGUAUCAGAAAAAAGUACACAGUUGGAAAAAGAUUGAAAUUUCUAGCGGAAUAUUAUAUACAAUUUUAGACCUAACCAGGAGCACUGACUCAGCAACACUUACUCACUUACCUAUAGUACUGUUGUAAUUUCUCGUUCUAUAAAUGAAAUGCAUGGUACUCAGUCACUGUAAACAUGUGCAGUUAUUGUGCAUAAGCGUCAAAACGUCGUUUCAUUAAAUUGUUAAAUUGUCUUUGUUUAGUCAGAGUGUACCCAAGGUGAGCUGUUUAAUUACAUGAAGACUGUCUGGAGAUUUAGUCCUGGCUUGAAAGGAAAUCCACAGACAUCGAUAGUCGACUUUCACGUAUGUUACACUAUAUCCAAUAUAAUUAUAUACUAUUCAAUUUGGAACUUUUCAUUUUUACAGUGGCGCACACUUCGAGAAAUAUGGGAACGGGGCGGGGCAACGUGUUACCGUCCAUUUUUGCUGACAUCAUUUUUUUUAGCCUUUUUGUACUCAAGUUCAUUUUUAUUCUACCAAUGGUUUCAUAGUCCUAAAAUUGCUUUUAAAACCCGAGCAAGUUUUCAUUGACAAGUUUUGCUUGACAACUUUUAUUUGUUCGUGUACCGCAAAAAUUGACAAUUUCUUCCUUGACAAGGAGCUAUAAGUUCAUUCCAGCUUUUCAGCAAGAAAAACCUGGCAAGUAUUAGCACGGUAUGUCAUUGCACACUCAUGUUCGAGCUGCCAUUGAAUCUCAGAUUUUACUUCAGAAUUUACUUUUGAAUUGUGGUAUGGAAGACAGUUUCAACUGUUUUUAUUUUGUUUGAAGCAGCUUUUACGAAAAUUGCAGUAUCAUCACAUUGUUUACGUACUCAAAUAGCGCCGGUCUUUCUGGUCACGUCCCAGUCUCGUCAUCCUCGAGAGGUUGACGGCUUUAGACAUUGUUUACCUACUCAAAUAGCGCCGACUUGCGUCAAGGAAAGAUUCUUGCAUGGAAAAGAACUAUAUACAUACCUGUACGAGCAAGUAAACUCGUCAAGAAACUUGCAUGUCAAGGAAAGCUUGUUCGCGUCUGUACCGGUUUGGAACACCGAGCUUAAAUGCUUAUUGAAGUUAUUGGGGGGCGGUUGCCGCCCCCAAUCGUCACCACAUACUUAGUGUACGCUACUGCAUUUCUAUAAGAGAAUUGUUUUGGAUACCUUUUAAUUCAACAUUAUAAUCGAUCAGACUGAAUUCUGCAUAUUGUAUUUUAUUCCAUUGAACCUCAAAUGGACUAGAAAUUUCUAAUAAAAAGUUGCUGCAAAGCCGUGUUCAUGAGACCUGGGAAUUACCUAUAAUAAACAACAGUUUGAACAAUAUUACUUGUUCCAUGAUGUCAGGGAUCAUCGUUUUCAACCACAAUAUCGAGUAAGACACGAGUAAGUGAGGUGCUUGUAAGGCUCGUAGCAAUAAAAUAUUGAAUUGAAUUGUAUGGAAUUGAAUCGUUAGAUUAGGUGCAAACUGGUAUAAUUUUUAAGAUUAAAUUUAUUAUAAUACUUGAUCGCCAACUUAACUGAUCGGUAAAUGCAAUUAGCCAAUUAAGGCUAAGCCCCGUCUAAGUCCAACAUUGAUCAACAACGUUGCUCAAACAAUGUUGGACGAUGUCGAUCAGUAUGGACCUUUAGCGAUCAAACUGUGUCUGUGAUCUUAAUCUCCUAAACCUGCAUGCAUUCAAUUUAUACAACGGAUAAUAUAUCACAAGAUCUCUUUUAUGUUAUUUAUUUGAAGGAAUUUGUUUUGGCCUUUGUCUUUGCGUUGGUAAAGGCCGAGACACACCUGAAGCGAUUCGACAACGCGGCGCGAUUUUUUAGAUUUUGAAACUUAAUAAAACAGCCAGUGACAGGAAAUAACUCACAAUGUUAUAGCGCUUCUAAAUUUUGAAAAACUUAAACCAGAAUCAAAUAUUGUACUUGAAAAAACAAGAAAUGCACGAUUUGAAAUGCGUAUUGGUACCGUGGUACGCAUUUGGUCGAAGAAAACAAAAAAUACCAAUGUAUCCCUUCUUUUCCACUAAAAACAAUUUGCAGUAUCAAUGACAAACUAAAUUAUAAUUUUCAAUUAGUUUUGCUGUUUUGUUUUAAAAUGCAUGCAAACGGGGAAAAUAAUGGACCGGCGGUCCAUUACGGGAAAAUAGUGGAACGCUGAAAGUGCUUCUCAGCCAAUCACAGUCCGCCAUUUCACCGGAAGUGAUGCUUGCCAUAUAAUAAAAAUCCGUAAUGCGGGUAUGUGAUCACGCGGCGUAAUCGUCAAAUGUGAAUGAUCACGCGUAAUCGUCAAAUGUUGCACAAUGUGAGGUGUAAAUUUUAAACAAAGUCAAACCCGAUCUAGCAUCUUCCAACAUCGGCCAGCAUUACCCAAUAUAGAGUGUUCAAACGAGACCAACAUGUUGUAUCCAACAAAUGUUUGACAAACAUAUUACGGAUCUCACCCAACUGUGGAAUUGCAUUAUAAAUUCGUAUCGCCGCCACUCCCACAAACGUCUGUGACCACACCUACGCAUUUUUGCGUGUUUACAAUUCCAAUUUUAAACAGCCAAUCGACGUUUAAUUGUAGUUUUUACCAAGAACCGGAUUGGCUAUUUAAAAUUUGAAUUGCAAACAUGCAAAAAUAUGUAGGUGCGGUCGUAGACGUUUGUGGGAGUGGCGGCGAUACGAAUUUUCGAUGCGAUGCCACAGUUCGGUGAGAUCCGUAAUAUUGGCCUUUUAUAUAUUUAAGGUUUGUUCGUUUGCUAUGGUCAAAGACGAUGCCUAGAAGCGUGGCAUAUAAAUACGAGUAAUCAUGCUUUGAAUAGGGAUGAAGGCGCCUAUUUGCCAGAGGAAUACAUGCAUCUUAUUGGCAGAUGACGUCAUCACCCCUGAUGAAGACACUAGACUGGAGUGUCGAAACGUUGGGUCUUGAUUACAAUUCGACUGGGCUUUGUAUUCAUUUCGAUAAAACCAGAGUAGCGAGCGAAACCAUUGGCCUUAUGUUAGCCCUAUAUACGUUAGAAAUGCUCUGAUCUACUAUAUACAUGUACGACUGCAGGUUGGAUUAAAAUACAGCCUUGAAAAUUGUUUAAAUUUUAAGAAAGUGUGUAUAUAUUUUUAUGAUUUGCACAGGUUGCGUUUGAAUUCCGUUCUGCAUUACAUUUGCAUCUGUCGUCGGUAUUUUUUGAAGAAGUUGCAAAGAAAAUGGUUGGUGCUUUUGAGAAGCGAUGUGAGACACUCUAUGGACCUAGUAGUUUAACAAAAUCUCGGCGAAAGCAAGCAUUUAGGACAAGAACAUCAAAUACUGUAGGUAUGUGCCUGAAAACCUUAAUUGCUUGCAUAUAGGCAUACAUUUUGUUCAGCGGUUGGGGCAAGGAACCUCACAGGAUGCGAGAAAUCACGUACUUUAUACCGCUAAUGUCACCGUCUGGUAUAUCUUUUUCAGCGACCUACCACAUAUACCUGUAAGUACGCGGAACUCGUUAUAUCGGUGUACUUACGUUUUGCCGCUAACCUAUGACCUUUCCAAGAACAUGAUCCAGUAAAUACCCGGAUAAAAGAACGACUAUUUUUAUGUCAGGCUAAAGUGGUUCUUAUCUAAUGGGUACCUAGUGAGAAAUCAGAUACUGCGGCAAUUAAUGUUUUCUUCUAUUACAUGUUAACCCUUACCACAAAUCUGACAUGAUACACAAUGUUGAUAUUAUAUUCUUGGCCGUAAAUAUGAUAUUAGCGUCUUUUCGCUGUUCGUCCUGUGUUAUGUUAAAAUUAUACAUUUGGGGUAAGGGUUACACAGUUCUGUCAUCAAGUAUAUACUCUGAACAACAUGAGGAGAGAUUUUCAACAUUUUCAGGAAAAAAAGUUUUGAAAAAGUUUUAAAAAAGUUUUAAAAAAGAAAAAAAGCUUAAAAAAUUAGAUUUUCAGAAAAGUUAAAAAAGUUUAGAAAGUUAGGGUUAGGGGUUAGUGGUUAGGGUAGGGGUUAGAUGCCGCGAAUUGAUCAUUAUGAUAAAUUCAAAAUGUGCCGCGAAUUUAACAUAUAUAGUAAAUUCAAAGGUGGAGCUCAUGCUGACUCUGAACCUCUACUGUCCGCGGGAGGCACCGGUAAAACAUAUUCUUUUUUUUUCUUGUAGAAGCACGUCCCAGGUAACAUCCAGACACAGUAACAUACUGUACAUUGCUUCGACCACUGAUAUGAGCUAUUCUCACUCAACGUACACGUGAGAGAUGGUCGCUUUGAAUUGCGUCAGAUUCAAACACUCUCCUGGUGUCGAAACAAUGUCUCCUGGUGUCGUUGCGAACAUUUCCCUCAAUGUUUGGAAGCGGUUUGUGGCUAAAUUAUGAUUUGUAAAAUAUUUUAGGAAUUAUUGGAAAUGUUUUAAAGACGAAUUUCAAAUAUAUUCAAGCAAUGCAAUCAUUAUGUAUACAACUGUAAAGUAUAACUAAAUACAAUCAGGGCCGGUUGUACGAAGGCCGGAUAUGGACCUAACAAUUAAUAAAAUAAACUUUAAUUAAUAACUAUUAAAGUUUAGUCUGGUUUAUACCAACCAACCAAUUAACGAACAAUUCAACUAUUGUAGAGCUCUUGAAAAGGACAGCCCUAUAUCCCGAGUAGAUUAAAUAUUUUUAAGAGUGUUAUAGUAGAACUCAACUGGCGCUCAGAAUUUACCCAGAAAUAUUAG